GCUCUUGAAAAUCAUCAGUGGAGAAACAAAAAAGUUGAGAACACGGUCUUUUGAAGGAACAAUGAACGUCAUUAAUUUACGAUUUUGCCACUCUCCCCAACUCCUCCAUUCACCAAAUCUCUUCUUCGUUGUUCCUUCUUCAUCACAAACUUCAAACUUCACCCUGAGAAACCCAACCACCCCAUUUGCUAUUUCCUUCAAAAAUCGUUUCUUUUCUCCAAUUCGUGCGUCGAUGGCCUCCUCAGUCUCCGUCACGGAGAACGAAACAAAGCCAUUUUCCGUUCUCUUCGUGUGCCUCGGCAACAUCUGCAGAAGCCCCGCUGCCGAAGGAGUCUUCACCGACUUAGUCAACAAAAAGAGCCUCAAUUCGCUGUUCAGAAUUGAUUCUGCUGGCACCAUCAAUUACCACGAGGGAAAUGAAGCGGACCCGAGAAUGAGGGCAGCCUCAAAGAGGCGUGGGAUUCAGAUAACUUCUAUUUCAAGGCCAAUCAAGCCCUCUGAUUUCAUUGACUUUGACCUCAUUCUUGCUAUGGACAAGCAGAACAGAGUGGACAUAUUGGAAGCUUUUAAUAAAUGGAAAGGAAAACAUUCCUUACCGGAUGAUGCACAUAAAAAGGUUGGUGCAAGGUCUUGCUCUUCUUUGGGGCUUUUGUUUGGUCUACUUUUUGGUCUAACCAGGAUUGUGAUGAUGCAGGUUAAGUUGAUGUGCUCAUAUUGUAAGAAGCAUGAUGAAACUGAAGUCCCGGAUCCCUAUUAUGGUGGAGCGCAGGGGUUUGAGAAGGUGUUGGAUUUGCUCGAAGAUGCUUGCGGAUCAUUACUGGAAACCAUUUUGGCAGAAAAUAAACAUUUACAAGAAUCCUAAGACAUGUACAGAGGAUUCAAUCCUGUGGUGAAGUUAUAGAUCCAUUGAUUAUUGGAAAAACUGAUGUCAUAAUAUCUUCUUGUUUCAGUGGUUCACUGUCCUAAACGCAACGAUUUCUAUAUAUUGUUGGAAACUUCUUGUCAUAGUCAUAUAACUAACAGUUUGAGUCGUAAGUUCGAUUCUCUCUUGGUUUUUCCUCUGGUAAUCACCUUCAAUGCUGAAAUUCAGGAGAUUAUAGCAGAGGCAUGUACGAUGAUAUUGAUGGCUAUUAUAUUGACGUACACGUUUUUGAAUUCUGUCUCGUGAGGACUGAUUUGGACCAUGUUUGGCUUCUGUGCUUACUGGUAUGUAACCACUGAAUGGAACCUAAAAUUCAGAUUCA